AUGGUCCGACGUCUCAUGCGCAGCCAACGCGUGUGGUGGUGGAUGGGGUCCCUGGCGCUCGGGGCCGUGGCGCUCGUGGCGUUUGGACCGGAGCUGAAGCUUGGCGUGAGCAAACACACGGCUGACGUGGCGUCGCGGUCGUUGCAGGACGAGACGCUGCGGGAUAACACACGCGAACUGGCGUCGCUGAUUGUGCAGACGGUGCUGAACGAUCCGAAUGUAUUGGAUCAAGCGUCGCGGUUCUUGCAACGACUCGCUGCAAUGGAAUCGACGCGGGAUGCGCUGCAGAUGCUGGUCGUUCAUACGCUGAACGAUCCCAUGACGAGGUUCCAGAUGGCCGAAGUGAGCAAGUGCACUCUUGCGGCCAUUUUGGAGGAUCCAAAGACGUUGCGACAAGUUGUCGGGUUGCUGAGCUCGACAGUAGCUGAUGCUCAAGCCAAAGAGUUGUUGCUGUUGCUACUGCAGCAGGUGAUGCGGGACGACCAGACGCGAGCAAAUGUGACGCUGAUGGUGGCUCACACGUUUCUGCAAGAUGCAGUGAAGCAGAAUGUGGGCCAGACGCUUGGAGAUGCAGUGCAUGACGUUUUGAGUCGAAAGGACAUUCAGGAGCAUGCGAAAGAGUUUGUGAGUAGCGUGGUGCGAGACCAGACGGUGCAAGUGCAAAGUGGCGAAGCCAUGUGGAGUACUUUCAUGUACGCGCUCACGCCCGGUUGGCUCUCGUGGAUAUGGGCGAAUCCAGGUGAGACGCCGGAAGAAGCGGUGCUCACAACACCAGCAGCAGAGGUUGCGUCUGUGGUGUUAGCGGCGACAGCUGCAGAAACGGAGCGAGCGCAGAAGAAGAAGAAGGAGAAAGACGCACAGACGGAGACGCUCGAAGGAGCUCGUUGA